GGUUUUGGCAGCCGCAGCCUCUACAACCUGGGUGGUCACAAGAGCACCUCCAUUAGUGUGGCAGCUGGCGGCUCCCAGGCUGGCGGUGGCUUUGGGGGAGCUGGUGGCUUUGGGGGAGCUGGUGGCUUUGGGGGAGCUGGUGGCUUUGGUGGGCCUGGAGGCUUUGGUGGGCCUGGUGGCUUUGGCCCUGGAGGCUUCCCUGGGGGAAUCCAGGAAGUGACUGUCAACCAGAGCCUCCUGCAGCCCCUCAAUGUGGAGAUUGACCCCCAGAUUGGUCAAGUAAAAGCCCAGGAGCGAGAACAGAUCAAGACCCUCAACAACAAGUUCGCCUCCUUCAUCGACAAGGUGCGAUUCCUGGAACAGCAAAACAAGGUCCUGGAGACCAAGUGGGAGCUGCUCCAGCAGCAGACGGUGGGCUCCGGCUCGGGUCCCAGCAGCCUGGAGCCACUCUUGGAAUCCUACAUUGGCUUUCUGCGCAAGCGGCUGGACUCGCUUCUGGGGGAGAGGGGCCCCCUGGAGGGAGAGCUGAAGAACAUGCAGGACCUGGUGGAGGACUUCAAAAAGAAGUAUGAAGAUGAGAUCAACAAACGCACCGCGGCAGAGAAUGAGUUUGUGGGUCUCAAAAAGGAUGUGGACGUGGCCUACAUGAACAAGGUGGAGCUGCAGGCCAAGGUGGACGCCCUGACGGAUGAAAUCAACUUCCUGAGGACCCUCCAUGAGAUGGAGCUGUCCCAGAUGCAGAGCCAUGUCAGCGACACAUCUGUGGUGUUGUCCAUGGACAACAACCGCUGCCUGGACCUGGAUAGCAUCAUCGCUGAGGUCCGCGCCCAGUAUGAGGAGAUCGCCCAGAGGAGCAAGGCCGAGGCCGAGGCGCUGUACCAGACCAAGCUUGGGGAGUUGCAGAGCACGGCCGGCAGGCACGGGGAUGACCUGAGAAGCACCAAGAGCGAGAUCAUGGAACUCAACAGGAUGAUUCAGAGGCUGCGGGCUGAGAUCGAGAACGUCAAGAAGCAGAAUGCCAACCUGCAGGCAGCCAUCGCAGAAGCUGAGCAGCGUGGGGAGCUGGCCCUCAAGGACGCCAACGCCAAGCUCCAAGACUUGCAGGCUGCCCUGCAGAAGGCCAAGGAUGAUCUGGCCCGGCUGCUGCGUGACUACCAGGAGCUGAUGAAUGUGAAGCUGGCCCUGGACGUGGAGAUCGCCACCUACCGCAAGCUGCUGGAAGGCGAGGAGUGCAGGAUGUCUGGGGAGUGUCAGAGCGCUGUGAGCAUUUCAGUGGUCAGCAAUGUCACCAACACAAGCAGCAGCGUUGGUGGAAGUCGUGGAGGCUACGGAGGGGGUGUGGGAGGAGGGAUGGGAGGUGGUUUCCGCCAGGGUGGGGGAGCGGGGGGAGGAUUCGGAGGAGCCAGAGGCUUUGGGGGUGGUGGUUUUGGAGGUGGUAGCUUUGGAGGAGGUGGUUUUGGGGGUGCUGGAUUUGGGGCUAGCAAUUUUGGGCUCGGGGGCUUUGGUCCUUCCUGCCCUCCGGGGGGCAUCCAAGAAGUGACCGUCAACCAGAGCCUCCUGGAACCACUGCACCUGGAGGUGGACCCUGAAAUCCAGAGGAUCAAGACCCAGGAGCGGGAGCAGAUCAUGGUUCUCAACAACAAGUUUGCCUCCUUUAUCGACAAGGUGCGAUUUCUGGAGCAGCAGAACCAGGUGCUACAAACGAAGUGGGAGUUGCUGCAGCAGGUGAACACUUCGACCUGGUCCAACAACCUGGAGCCGGUCUUGGAGAACUACAUCAGAGACCUGCAGAGGCAGGUGGACUUCCUCCAUGCCGAGCAGAUGCGCCAGAACACGGAGGCCAGGAGCAUGCAGGAUGCCGUGGAGGACUACAAGAACAAGUAUGAGGAGGAAAUCAACAAGAGGACCAACAGCGAGAAUGACUUUGUUGUCCUGAAGAAGGAUGUGGAUGCUGCUUAUAUGAACAAAGUGGACUUGCAGUCCAAGGUGGACACCCUGCUGGGGGAGCUUGAUUUCCUGAAAUACUUUUUUAUGACGGAGCUGUCCCAGAUGCAGACCCACAUCAGCGACACCAACGUCAUCCUGUCCAUGGAUAAUAACCGCUCCCUGGACCUGGAUAGCAUCAUCGAUGCGGUGCGGAUGCAGUAUGAGCUGAUCGCGCAGAAGAGCAAGGAUGAGGCCGAGGCCCUGUACCAGACCAAGUACGAGGAACUCCAGAUAACGGCGGGGAGACAUGGGGACGACCUGAAGAACAGCAAGAUGGAGAUCGCUGAGCUCAACCGUACGGUGCAGAGGCUGCAGGCUGAGAUUGGCAACAUGAGGAAGCAGGUCGACCACAUGCAAUCGGCCAUCUCAGAUGCAGAGGAGAGGGGCGAGCGGGCCCUCCAGGACGCAGGGCAGAAGCUGCAGGACAUGGAGGAGGCCCUGCAGCAGUCCAAGGAGGAGCUGGCCCGGCUGCUGCGUGACUACCAGGCCAUGCUGGGGGCCAAGCUGUCCUUGGACGUGGAGAUCGCCACCUACCGCCAGCUGCUGGAGGGCGAGGAGAUCAGGAUGUCAGGGGAGUUGCAGAAUCAAGUGAGCAUCUCGGUGCAGAACAGCCAGGUGACCACCGGAGGCAGCUCUGGAGGCUACAGCUCUGGAGGCUAUGGCUCAGGAGGCUACAGCACUGGAGGCUACAGUGGUGGCGGCUCCCGCAGGGGCGGUGGGGGCAGUUACGGAGCAGGAGGUUCCCGAGGGGGAAGCGGAGGCGGCUAUGGGAGCGGCAGCAGCGGGGCCUACGGGGGAGGCAGCGGCAAGUUCGGCAGCGGCAGUGGUAGAAGCGGCAGGUCCUCGCGGGUGCAGAUCAUCCAGACGUCCACCAACACCUCCCACAAGCGCGUCCUGGAGUAG